AUGAACCCAAAAGAGGCGGGGCCUAGUGGACGACCUCCGACCCCUGGGCCAACACAGCACACCAGAGUCAACGAGCUCAGGGAGAAAUUCAUGAAUGAGCUCAAGCACAUACCUCUUCCCAGGUGGGCUGUGGUUGCUCUCAUCCUGGUGCUGCUGCUGCUGCUGCUCAGCUGCUGCCUGUGCUGCUGCCGUAAGACCCUCUUCAAGAGGAAGAAGGAGAAGAAGGGCCCGGAGAAGGGAGGGAAGAACGACGACCUGGACCUCACAGACAUGAAGGACGAGGGGACACAGGCCUUGAAACAUGACACUGAGACACUGGACGAAGAGGAAGAGCCUAAAGAGGAAGUCAAACUGGGCAAACUGCAAUUCUCCCUAGACUACAAUUUCACCGAUGCUGCUCUGGUGGUGGGCAUCCUCCAGGCUACAGACCUCCCUGCCAUGGACAUGAGUGGCGCCUCCGACCCCUACGUGAAGCUGUACCUGCUGCCUGACAAGAAGAAGAAGUUUGAGACCAAAGUGCACAGGAAGUCUCUCAACCCCACCUUCAAUGAGAGCUUCACCUUCAAGGUCCCGUACACAGAGAUGGGGGGUAAGACGCUGGUCAUGACGGUUUACGACUUCGACCGCUUCUCCAAACACGACGCCAUCGGGGACAUCCGCAUUCACAUGAACAAGGUGGACUUCAGUCACGUGACCGAGGAGUGGAGAGACCUGCAGAAACCCGAGAAGGAAGAGCAAGAGAAGCUGGGUGAUAUCUGUCUGUCCCUGCGGUACGUCCCCACUGCGGGUAAACUGACUGUGGUGGUCCUGGAGGCCAAGAACCUCAAGAAGAUGGAUGUGGGCGGGCUCUCUGACCCCUAUGUGAAGAUUCACCUGCUGCUGAAUGGGAAGCGGUUGAAGAAGAAGAAGACGACGGUGAAGAAGCACACUCUGAACCCCUACUACAACGAGUCCUUCAGCUUCGAGGUGACCUUGGAGCAGGUCCAGAAAGUGCAGGUCGUUGUGACGGUCCUGGACUAUGAUAAGAUUGGUAAGAACGACGCCAUCGGUAAGAUGUGUCUGGGCAUGAACAGCGCCGGCAUAGAGCAGCGCCAUUGGGCAGACAUGUUGGCCAAUCCCAGGAGGCCUAUUGCCCAGUGGCACGCACUCAAGCCAGAGGACGAGGUCAACGCCGAGCUUGGCAAGAAAUGAGUGCGUGUGCUGGGCAGAACACACACCUGUGGCGUGACCAACGAGCGGCAG